CUCAUUCAUCAUGCCUCACCUUACCAGCAAACCCUCUCCCACACUUCAGUGUUUUAAUGGCGAUGAAUCUGCUCAUCUUUUACUCACGUCGGUCUCCCUAUCCCUGCCAGUACAGUCACUUAAGUAAUCCUUAGUAGACAGUGGCCAUGUCUUGCCUGCAUACCCCAUUUUAAAAAUGGGGAGGUUGCCGCUUAAGAGAGAGAAAAAAAUACAUCCAUCUUGCCCACCACAGCACCGACGCGAAAAUCCUCCACCUAUCUCCACGAAUAGCCAUGGCAGCGAAAAUAGCACGGGAUGUCGUCUAACUAUAGCCUAAACUUUGCUCCUGAAGAAUUAUCAGAAGCUCCUCUCACCGUCACAAACCUCCGGCUUGGCACGAACGAGCAACCAAUCAUAUUGAGGCUACUGAACUUCUGGAUGCAGACUCCAUUCAACCAGAACCAACUAAGCGGGUGGUGCAUAACUUCAAAGUAUGUAGAUGUUGUGGGACGGUUGGCCAGUGUUUCGGAGACAGAAACCGGAACCUUUGGCAUGCAACUAUCUGUGCACUGCUGGAAGAUUCAAUAUAUCUUAGGCAUCAAUAGUGGAAGCAAAAAGUGUGGCCCUGUUCUGCUUGCCUUCACGAGCAUGGUGGUUGUCGAAGCAUCAGGACGUCUGUGUCUGCUAAACACGGCUGCAACAAGGGUGACCCACGGAGCAUAUCAGCCACACUUCCGGCACUUUAGAGAUGCGUUCUCACAUGACCACAACCCGGUGGUCAUCGGCCACUCACCUACUCCUUGGCCUGUGCACAUCCGCUAUAAACUCCCCGCCAAAAUGACUCUGAUGAAUUCGGGAGCAGCUGAGAAAAAACUAUUUCCCCCAUACAAUUCUUCAGUUUGGUGCCUCAUUACAAUAGAAAGCAUUCCUACAUGUACAAGUCACUAUCACUAUCCCUUUAAUGACAUCACAAAAACUGCAAGUUCAAUGUCCUAUGUCGCGACACCUCCACUUACUUCAUGUUGCUCUUCAACAAUGAUGCAGCGAUCUCCUUGCUCCAAAAAAACAACAACUGAGUUCUUGGCCCUCACGAACACUGCCAGGAAUGCAUGCCUUCAAUCUGUCAUCGGGAAAAUGUUCACAGUAGAGAUUGACACAGGAGAAGACUCAAACAUUGCAACUUCAGUGUUUGCGGUGCACACCAUAUGGGAUCCACUUGCAUUUGCCAUUUAGCGUCCCAAAUUUCGCCCUAUCUUAGGUUGAAGAAAUAACAAACUUAGCCUACAGCCCAAAAAUAUGUUAUGUCUACAUCUUCAGCUCUGCCGUUCUCCAUCAGUGGCACCUUCUGCAGUAGUUGACUUCCUUUUGUACAAUGAGCUGCUUGCAUUUUGUAAAACACAUCACUCGGCUAUCCACUUGCCUACUAAUUUCAAUUCCCAGUUGCUAAACAUGACUAUGUAAUGAGUUUCGCUUUUCUCUGAUGCCUCUUCUGGUUUUUUUUUUUUUUUCUUCUUCUUCUUCUUCUUCUACUUUUAUUCCCUUCCUCGAGCUGCUAUCAACUUGAUUAGAACUUUCACAUUCAGUUUCCAACGGCAGUUUGUCAGUAACCAUAAUGUUAUCGUCAGUAAACAUAAUUAUCGUUU